AUGGCUGAUGCUCGGGUCUUUCGAUUCCACGACAGCGGACAGGUCUUCUUUGGUGCUGUGUAUGACGACACCGACGAACUCGCAUCUGCCCACCACGAUGAAUCUGUUAGAAAUCUGGACACCUCCGCGCCUCGCGUCUUGCCAAAGCCGACGCCGGGAUUCGCACCAGCGUGUCCCCAGGUGGGCACUGAGCGGCGGCUCGAACACAUCGCCAUCCAUGCCGCGGCGCAGGCGGAGGAGAAGAAGCGACAGCACAAGCAGAACGACACUUCCAGCACAUAG